UACUCGUACGCGUUCGAACUGCACACUUCAAACAUGCAUUCGAAAAUAAUAUUUAUUUUCGCAUUAUGUGGAUUCGUUCAUUCAAAAUUGAUAAAUCUAUCCUGCAAUCAAAUUCGCGAUAUUGUCGAUGGUCAUAACGCUCGCAGGCAACAGCUGGCGCAAGGAGUGGUGCCCGGACAUCCCGCGGCCUCGGAUAUGAAGUAUAUGGUUUGGGAUGAAGAAUUAGCUGCAAAAGCGAGGAAAUGGGCUUCAAGGAAUGAAUUUAAUCAUAACCCGGACAAAACUAUCGGUUCCGGUAGAUUCAAAACAGGUGAAAAUCUUUACUCCUUCGGCAGUACCUCUCCUGGUGCCAAAAUAAAUAUAGAUAAAAGUCUUAGUGCGUGGUUUGAUGAAUACAAAGACUACACAUACGGUCCGUUGACGAGAAACCUCUUUGAUGGUUCAUCAGAUGUUCAAAUUGGUCAUUACACGCAGAUGGCGUGGGCUGAUACUACGUACGUUGGAUGCGGAUUAUCACAAUAUUGGGAGCGUGGUAUGAAAACAUUCCUCCUUGUUUGCAAUUACGGACCAGGAGGUAACAUCUUAGGGCAGACGCCGUAUACAGAAUCUGAUGAGGGCGGGAAUAGCCUUCAGUGCAGCAUUGGUGACUGCAGUGCCCCCUACGGGGACAAAUGUUGAGAUCGCAACUUAUAAAAUAUUCUGUCACAAUUUUUUCCCAUUUCAGUAAAAUAUUUUUUGACGAAAAUAUUUUUUACUUCUAUUAGAUCGAAAACUUGUCUAAGACUAUAGAUAAAUGCAAAAUUAAUUAUUGAAAUGUAUUGAUAUUAAUUGGCAAGCUUUUUGAUGACAUUUCUGUUUCACUGGGACAAAUUUCGACGAUAUUAAUUAUACAUAUAAUUAAUCUAAUGAUUGUUUGAUAUUCGAUCGCAAGUGGGGAGUGAAUUUAUUUUUUUUAUUGUACAAUUCUUGUAAGUAAAGUGAAUGUAUU